AUGGAGGAGCACCCGGAGCUAGCAAUGACAACAGUAGACUUAUCAAACACAACGGCUCUACACACGGCCGCGUCUCAAAGACACAUGGAGGUCGUAGAGUAUCUAAUAGAAGCUGCAGGGAGUAGUCUAGCGGCGAUAGCAAAGAGCAACGGUAAAACGGCACUGCACUCAGCCGCUAGGAACUGUCACAUGGAAGUGGUAAAGGUGAUUUUGGCGGUUGAGCCAGACACGGCAAUGAGGAUUGAUAAAAAGGGUCAGACUCCACUUCACAUGGCCGUGAAAGGACAAAGCCUUGAUGUGGUGAGCUCAUGA